AUGCCAAACUCAACCAACCCCGGAUUCACCGUCCCCCUCCUCAUAAACGGCCAUGAAGAAACAACCCCCAAUACCUUCCCAGUAACAAGCCCCUACACCAACACGACCAUCUGGACCGCCUCGGCCGCAACACCCCAAGAUGCAAUCCGCGCCGUCGAAGCCGCCUCCGCCGCCUUCCCCUCAUGGUCGCAGACCAAACCAACCGUGAGACGCGACAUCCUCCUCAAAGCCGCCGAUCUCCUCGAAGCCCGCCUCGACACGAACGCCGAGUACAUGCGGCAAGAAAUGGGCGCGGACGUCGGCGCCUCCGCGGGAUUCGUCGUCCCGCUCGCCGUGCGCAUGCUCCGCGAAGUCGCGAGCCGCAUCACGUCGAUAUGUGGCAGUGUGCCGGUCGUCGAGACGGAGGGUCAGAGUGCGAUUGUUUUUAAGGAGGCGAUGGGUGUUAUUCUGGGGAUUGUGCCGUGGAACGCGCCCUAUGUGUUUGGCAUUCGCUCUGCGGCUUGUGCCCUCGCAGCUGGCAAUACGACAGUCCUUAAGUCUUCUGAGCUAACUCCCCGCUGCUACUGGGCUAUCGGCCGUGCCUUUGAGGAUGCUGGCCUUCCCGCUGGCUGUUUGAAUAUCAUUCACUGCGCCCCGCAGGAUGCCCCCGAGGUCGUCAAUGCCAUGAUCGAGCACGAGGCCGUGCGCAAGAUAAAUUUCACUGGUAGCACAGCUGUUGGUCGGAAGAUUGCGCGCGCCUGCGGUCAGAAUCUCAAGCCUUGUCUUAUGGAACUGGGCGGGAAGAAUAGCUCGAUUGUUUGUCGGGAUGCUGAUUUGCAGACUGCGGUGCAGGGAGUGUUGGCGGGUGCAUUCUUGAAUUCCGGCCAGAUCUGCAUGGCAACCGAUCGAAUCCUCGUCCACACUUCCAUCCUCCCAGCCUUCACAGAAGCCCUGCAAAAGGCCCUCGCAGCCGGCGCAGCAGCCUCAGCCCUCCCCCCGACGCUCGUCAACACAGCCUCCAAGACCCGCGUCGAAGCCCUCAUCGCCAGCGCCGUCUCGGCAGGCGCACACUUCAUCUCCGGGUCUGCGGACAGCGUCCCCACCGACUCGGGAGUGCGGAUGGCGCCCGCUGUCCUAGGCGGCGUGACGGAAGACAUGGCGCUGUGGCAGGAGGAGUCGUUCGCGUCCGUUGCGGCGUGUAUGCCCUUCGACAGCGAGGACGAGGCGAUCCGUCUCGCGAAUGGAAGUGGGUAUGGACUCUCGGCGUCUGUGUUCACGGAGGAUCUGCGGAGGGGCUUGGCGAUGGCUAGACGCAUUCAAUCUGGGGCGGUCCAUAUUAAUAGCAUGACGAUCCAUGAUGAGCCGGCUCUUCCCCAUGGCGGUGUGAAGAAUAGUGGCUGGGGCCGGUUCAAUACUGAUGAGGGAUUGAAUGAGUUCUUGGUUACGAAGAGUGUUACCUGGAUGGAUUAG